AUGGAGAUGCUCAAAAUAUAUAUCUUUUGUUUCCAAGUGGCAUCUAGUUUGUUGGAUGUCAAGUUGGAGAGGACGACGGUGGAACAGUUCAAGGCUUGUCUACAAGAUCUGAGGCUACAUCUAGAGAAACAGCAUAGCGCCUCACUAAACCACGUGAGUGAUUUCGAGGCUGAACGGGAAGCGAGGGAGAACAUGGCGUGUCAAAAGGAAUUUGUCUUAACAGAUUUAAGGACGGCGCAAAAACGAAUAAAGGAUCUCACCGCACAGUUGGAAGAGGUCCGUAGACUCGACUCGGGCUUGCACCGGAGGGUGACGUCACAGAGGACCGCCGCCUCCCCCGCGCCCGCUUCAGCUCCCGCUCCCGCUUCCACUUCAGCUUCUGCUCCCGCGAGCAAUGGGACCAGCAGGAAACAGAUAUACACGUGCCCGAAGUGUCUGAAGUUUAAAUCCGACAACUACUCUAUAAUGGAGGACCAUUUCGAUUACUGUCUGGAAGUCGACAACGAUCCUUGUAGCCCCGUUUAG